AUGGCGGCGGCGCGGGCUGCCGCGCGGGCGGCGGGGCUGGUGCUGCUCUACUACGGCUUCUCCAUCGGCAUCACCUUCUACAACAAGUGGCUCAUGCAGAGCUUCGCCUUCCCGCUGUUCAUGACGCUGCUGCAUCUGCUGGUCAUCUUCGCGCUCUCGGGGCUGGCCAGGCGCUGCUCCCGCCGCUGCAGCGCCGCCACCUCGGCCACCGCGGGGCGCGCCCUCCUGCCCUGGCCCGCCUACCUGCGCCAGGUGGCCCCGACAGCGCUGUCCACCGCCCUGGACGUGGGGCUGAGCAACUGGAGCUUCCUCUACAUCACCGUCUCCCUCUACACCAUGACCAAGUCCUCGGCUGUCCUCUUCAUCCUCCUCUUCUCGCUGAUCUUCAAGCUGGAGGAGCCGAGAGCCGCCCUGGUGCUGGUGGUGCUGCUCAUCUCCGCGGGGCUCUUCUUGUUCACCUACAAGUCCACCCAGUUCGACACCGAGGGCUUCGCCAUGGUGCUGGGCGCUUCCUUCCUGGGGGGCAUCCGCUGGACUCGGACCCAGAUCCUCCUGCAAAAGGACGAGCUGGGACUCCAGAACCCCAUUGACACCAUGUUCCACCUGCAGCCGGCCAUGUUCCUCAGCCUCUUCCCCCUCUUUGCCGUGUUUGAAGGUCUGCCCUUGUCUGCGUCGGAGAAGCUCUUCCGUUUCCAGGAGGUGCCCCUGCUGGUGGAUCUGCUGGGGAAGCUGGUCCUGGGGGGGCUGCUGGCCUUUGGGCUGGGCUUCUCCGAGUUCCUCUUGGUCUCCAGGACCUCCAGCCUCACCUUCUCCAUAUCGGGGAUCUUCAAGGAGGUCUGCACCCUGUUCCUGGCGGCUCACCUGAUGGGAGACCAGCUGACUCCGCUGAACUGGCUGGGCUUUGCCGUCUGCCUGCUGGGCAUCUCUCUGCACGUGGCCCUGAAGGCCCUCAGGGGGCCAAAGGGCACGAAGCACCCCGAGGCGCCUGGCUCCCCUGCAGACCUGGAGCUCUUGCUGCUGCCGAACUCCCAGGAGGAGGAGGAGGAGGAGGCCCCCCUGCGCUGA